GAAAGCCCUGCAUAUAAGGCCGGGGGCAUUGCAGCGGCGGGUUUCAUGCUCGGCCGGCGAUUGUCAGCGGACCCACUGCCCCCUGCGAGGCUCGCCGCGGCAUGGCCGCCCCCAAGCGGUUUCCGACGCUCGUUCAGCUGGAGCAGCGAGAAGGGACGCUCUUCGAGGUGCUCGGUAACCUCACCAAGCGGCCCUACUGGUUUCACUCCGAGUACCUGAAGAGUCCGAGGGCGAUUCACCUGGAGGCCUGGCUGGUGGAAGCAAUCUUCGGCCUGGGCGGAGAGCACAUCCCGCAUGUCGAGUGUGUGUCGCAGACCCUGCUUCACGUUAAUCAGUGGGACCCGGACGGCGAGGCUGAGAUCUUGAUAUUUGGCCGGCCUUAUUACCAGAAAGAUGUAUCCACUAUGAUCAUGAACUUGGCUGACUAUCACCGCCAACUCCGGGCGCAAAGUACGGGGCCGGGAACAAUGAAAGGCUCUGAGAAGCCUCCUGCCCGGGAGGCGGCGACCCAGCGGUCCCCCAGCGCAGUCCGGCAGGCGGCGACCCAUCUGUGCCCCAGCGAAGCCCGGGAGGCCGGGACCCAGCGGUCCCCCUGCGCGGUCCGGCAGGCGGCCACCCAGCGGUCCCCCGGCGCUGCCCGGGAGGCGGCGACCCAGCGGUCCCCCGGCGCUGCCCGGGAGGCGGCGACCCAGCGGUCCCCCGGCGCUGCCCGGGAGGCGGCGACCCAGCGGUCCCCCGGCGCUGCCCGGGAGGCGGCGACCCAGCGGUCCCCCGGCGCUGCCCGGGAGGCGGCGACCCAGCGGUCCCCCGGCGCUGCCCGGGAGGCGGCGACCCAGCGGUCCCCCGGCGCAGCCCGGGAGGCGGCGACCCAGCGGUCCCCCGGCGCUGCCCGGGAGGCGGCGACCCAGCGGUCCCCCGGCGCAGCCCGGGAGGCGGCGACCCAGCGGUCCCCCGGUGCUGCCCGGGAGGCGGCGACCCAGCGGUCCCCCGGCGCAGCCCGGGAGGCGGCGACCCAGCGGUCCCCCCGCGCAGCCCGGGAGGCGGCGACCCAGAGCUUCCCCGAAGCUAUCCAGGGUCCGGUUACCAGGUUCUGA